AAUGCUUCCCUAUGCUUUACCAGACCUCUCUGUGCUUUACAAUGCUUCCCUAUGCUUUACCAGACCUCUCUGUGCUUUACAAUGCUUCCCUAUGCUUUACCAGACCUCUCUGUGCUUUACAAUGCUUCCCUAUGCUUUACCAGACCUCUCUGUGCUUUACAAUGCUUACCUAUGCUUUACCAGACCUCUCUGUGCUUUACAAUGCUUCCCUAUGCUUUACCAGACCUCUCUGUGCUUUACAAUGCUUCCCUAUGCUUUACCAGACCUCUCUGUGCUUCACAAUGCUUCCCUAUGCUUUACCAGACCUCUCUGUGCUUUACAAUGCUUCCCUAUGCUUUACCAGACCUCUCUGUGCUUUACAAUGCUUCCCUAUGCUUUACCACACCUCUCUGUGCUUUAAGGAGACCCCGUCAAAACCGUAAACAUUAUAUCUUAAAAUUUUCCAAGGUCAUGCAAAUGAAGCAGCGUUUGGGGAAUCGUUUAAUGAUUAGCAUCUGGGCUGGACAAAGAGAAAAUUGACAUAAAAGUGGGCGUAUAUUUAUUUUAGAGAAAGGGGAGGAAGGAGAGGGGGAAAACAUAUUUAAAAACAACAAGAACAAAAACGUUUCUGCGCAACCCGUUUUGUGAAACCUCCCGAACAUCAUGGCGCUCCAAAUUCGAGCCCUCGUGACGGCGAAAUGGCUUUGGGACGCGGUCGGAACCAGAACUCGCUCCAACCCGCGGGUGUUGGACGCUUCGUGGUACAUACCGGCGAUGAACAGAGACCCCAAAAAAGAGUUCACUCAGCCGGGACACAUCCCCGGAUCCUCGCCCUUCGAUAUCGACUCCUGUUCGGACACGGCUUCCCCGUACCCGCAUAUGCUGCCUUCGGAAGGUUUUUUCGCCGAAUACGUGGGUAACUUGGGCAUCGGAACCCGAACCCACGUCGUGGUUUACGACGCCAGCGAGUUCGGGAGUUUCUCCGCCCCCCGCGUCUGGUGGAUGUUCAGGGCGUUCGGGCACGGUUCGGUCUCGGUGCUGGACGGCGGGUUGAAGGCUUGGGUCCGGGAAGGUUACCCGCUGACCGGGGAGUACACCAAACCCGAACCGGUCGAGUUCAGGGCGAAUCUCGACCGCUCCCGGGUUAAAAGUUACCAGGACGUGCUGGAGAAUUUAGAGAGCAAACGGUUUCAGUUGCUAGAUGUUAAAACGCCGGGUAGAUAUAAUGGGACUGAACCAGAACCGAUGGAAGGAAUCAAACCGGGACACAUUCCCGGCUCCGUAAACAUCCCGUUCUACGAGUUCCUGUCCGCCUCCGGCUGCUUCCGGACCCCGGCGGAGCUGCGGGCGCUGUUCCGGAACAACGGCGUCGACCUCUUGCGACCCCUGGCCGUGACCUGCGGCUCGGGGGUCACGGCGUGCCACGCUGUCCUGGCGGCGCUGCAGUGCGGGUCGCAGGACGUGACUGUUUUCGACGGCUCCUGGUCCGAGUGGUUUACGAGAGCCCGCCCCGAACUGGUGCUGUCGGAAGGGAAGGGCAAACGCUUCUGAAGAGGGAGGGGAGCUUCACCACGGUCCGUUAUGACACAUUGUUAAAUUGUUUGUGUCUGUAUUUGUAUCUCUUUUUUUUAAGAUAAAAUCUAUCAUUUAAAAGCUCUCUCUCUCUCUUUCUCUCUGCUCAGCACAGAGGGAGGCUGUUCAGAGAGUAUAAGAGCCUCUCUUUCUCUCUCUCUGCUCAGCACAGAGGGAGGCUGUUCAGAGACUAUAAGAGCCUCCCUUUCUCUCUCUCUGCUCAGCCAGCACAGAGGGAGGCUGUUCAGAGACUAUAAGAGCCUCCCUUUCUCUCUCUCUCAUCCACCAGCACAGAGGGAGGCUGUUCAGAGAGUGUAAGAGCCUCUGUUUCUCUCUCUCUGCUCAGCACAGAGGGAGGCUGUUCAGAGUAUAAGAGCCUCUCUUUCUCUCUCUCUGCUCAGCACAGAGGGAGGCUGUUCAGAGAGUAUAAGAGCCUCUCUUUCUCUCUCUCUGCUCAGCACAGAGGGAGGCUGUUCAGAGAGUAUAAGAGCCUCUCUUUCUCUCUCUCUGCUCAGCACAGAGGGAGGCUGUUCAGAGUAUGAGCCUCCCUUUCUCUCUCUCUGCUCAGCACAGAGGGAGGCUGUUCAGAGUAUGAGCCUCCCUUUCUCUCUCUCUGCUCAGCACAGAGGGAGGCUGUUCAGAGUAUGAGCCUCCCUUUCUCUCUCUCUGCUCAGCACAGAGGGAGGCUGUUCAGAGAGUAUAAGAGCCUCUCUUUCUCUCUCUCUGCUCAGCACAGAGGGAGGCUGUUCAGAGAGUAUAAGAGCCUCUCUUUCUCUCUCUCUGCUCAGCACAGAGGGAGGCUGUUCAGCGAGUAUAAGAGCCUCCUUUUCUCUCUCUCUGCUCAGCACAGAGGGAGGCUGUUCAGAGAGUAUAAGAGCCUCCCUUUCUCUCUCUCUGCUCCACCAGCACAGAGGGAGGCUGUUCAGAGAGUAUAAGAGCCUCUCUUUCUCUCUCUCUGCUCAGCACAGAGGGAGGCUGUUCAGAGAGUAUAAGAGCCUCUCUUUCUCUCUCUCUGCUCAGCACAGAGGGAGGCUGUUCAGAGAGUAUAACAGCCUCCCUUUCUCUCUCUCUGCUCAGCACAGAGGGAGGCUGUUCAGCGAGUAUAAGAGCCUCCCUUUCUCUCUCUCUGCUCAGCACAGAGGGAGGCUGUUCAGAGAGUAUAAGAUCCUCCCUUUCUCUCUCUCUGCUCAGCACAGAGGGAGGCUGUUCAGAGAGUAUAAGAGCCUCUCUUUCUCCAAUUUUUACACACAAAAAAAGACCUCUUAAGAGCAGGUAAACAA